AUGAUUUUCUGUCUGAUCUGUGUAUGUGCCUUCAAGAAGAAAGCCAGACGUGCAAAGCGGAGCACAGCGGCUACAAUAUCCAGUAUAGAUUCCACCCUAAUUAAGCUCCCCAGACCAUGGAUGGAUACCAGCAGAUCUUAUGAGGCUCCACCACGUGACCUCAGGAGGUGGAGCUACGUGUCUGAACCAAUCAGAUACGCGGACGAACUGAUGAUUGAUGACCAUUACCACUCAGAGACGUUACCACUACCCCACAGUUAUGACCAAACCCGCCGCCAGAUGGCUUCCUAUCAGAACCCGGUGUAUCACAGCGAGACUCUGCCGGCGAGGCCGUCUUACCAUAUGGCAAAGUACCGGAUGUGAGGCGUCCGCGAUACGAAGUUGUGCCCGAUAGAGGCGUUGUGAUUUACAACAAAGCCAGAGAAAACCUGCCGACCAAUUCCAUGACAGAAAACUCCGCCUCAGCGAUGCAUGGCGGAAGAGGAGCACAACACAUGCCACACUGUGAAACGCAUGCGAAGACGCUGCUGUAAAGUAUUCAUACUCUGCAAAAUGACCGCGACAGUCUUACUGGAGACUUUAACCAUUAGAUGUGAGCAGAGUCUGAACUGCGCGCAGCUGAACAAAGAACAGCUUAAAUCUUUUGGGCCAUUCAAGCUCUUGGCUACUUUCUUCUCUUGUAUAACACCCAUGUUUACGUGAUUAAUUUCAGGAUGCAACUGCAAUCUGCGAAACGUCAGCUCCGAAAACAACACUGUGUGUUUAAAGGGUUGAGUUUAAACCGCCUAUUAGUGAAGUUUGCUUCAGCAAAACAUGGAAAUGCUAAACUAUUAUGCAGAAUACUACCGUGAAUAAACUAUUAUCCAUAAAAUAGUGUACUAGUAAAUAUCUGGACUUGUGCAGCACCCGUGUUUCGCUGUCCAGACCAAAGACCGUUGAUAAGGCUUGUGAAUAUCUGGACUUGUGCAGCACCCGUGUUUCGCUGUCCAGACCAAAGACCGUUGAUAAGGCUUGUGAAUAUCUGGACUUGUGCAGCACCCGUGUUUCGCUGUCCAGACCAAAGACCGUUGAUAAAGCUUGUGAAAAUCUGGACUUUUCGUGGGAGGCAGCAGACUGGAGUCUUACUUCUUACUAACUCGGUAUAUAUAGACCUAUGGUAUGAUAUGGACAAAAUGGAGUGGAACAAUCGUAAUACAUAUUGUAUAAAUUAGUGCACGAUGUAUAUUGUUGAGAACUAGGCUUGUUCACACGUAAUAGUAAACAUUAAAUUAAUACAGGCUUUGUUUUGCGCUGGAUUAUAUGAAUUAUAUUCUUAGAGCUGCAAAGGUCAUGGUGGAAAAGUCAUGGUGCAAAGAUCAUGGCAAAUAGGUAGACACUCUGUAUUUAGGACACUUCAAGCAUCAUCAUUGUGACUUAAGACUUCAGGUGUAUUCCUCACCCAAACGGUAAGGCAGAGGCACCAACGCUUUCAUAACAAAGAUAAUAACAAUGGAUUUCCUCCUAGCACUGUGU